AUGUCAGUAACCCAAGCCAUCCAAAUCUUCAGCAUAUCCACCGCCCUCUUCACAUCCGGCGGCAUAGCCGCACUCUCCGCCUUCGAUAUUCCCCUGAUGCGCUCCCAACCCGCAUCGCGCUCUCUUCCCAUGCUGCGUUGGCUCUUCAGCCGCGGCUCACACACAGCGCCAACGGGGAUCAUUCUUUCGUCCACGGGCUUUGCAUACCUUGCCUACGCCGCGCUGCCUGCCUCCGCGCGAACACUCAGCAGCGUCUUGCCGCAUGUGGUGAAAGGCAAACCAGGCCUCUUUCUGGCAGCGAGUGUACUCUCUUUCUCAACCGCGAUGUUCACAAGCGUGUUCAUGAUCCCCACCAACUUCGACUUGAUCAAGCGCAAUGAGGAUCUUGGGGGAAGCCAUAGUGCCGACUCUAUCUCAUACAGACAAUCCAUCAAUGCGAAACCUCGGACAGCCGAGGAGAGCGUGAACGGCGAGUAUGAUAUCAGCCAGUGGAGCGAUUUGAGUGAUCCUCAAGAGAAGACGAGAAGAGAGCCGACGAACGAGGAAGAGGAGCAGGUUAGGGGACUGUUGACGAAGUUUGAGAAAUUGAACUACGUAAGGGCUCUGUUGAUGGGUGCCGGAGGUGUGGUUGGUUUGAUCGGGUCGUUGGCCUGA